ACUUGACCGGCAGCAGUCGUCUUUCUUCCCACUGCCACCAUGCCGGCCACUGGGCUGCUACUGCUGAGCACACUGUUCCCCAUCGCUCAGGUUUUUGCGGCCCCCAAAGGCAACAUCCCGCGGCCCGCGGAUCCCUUCCUCGACCCGAAACACGAUGUCUUCAAUCCACUGCGUUAUAUUGCCUCGAACGUGCUCACGGGGAUUGCUUUCGAGACGGGUCUGGUCUACAAACGCGGAGCGAGGUUCAUGCUUUCGAUGGUCAUCGGAUGCUACACGUUUGCGAUCGGAUUCGGCACACGCUUCGGUCUGCACUCGAAUCCGGAGGGUAAAGGUCUGUACAUCGUGGAAUACCUCUUCAUUGUCCUCUCUCCUUGCGCCUUCAUCGCAUCGGAGUACGUCCUCCUUGGCAGACUGGCGCGGUACCUCGAGUGCGACAGACACCUCAUGGUGCCAGCCCGCCGGAUCACCAAGAUAUUCGUCUCUUCAGACAUCACGACGUUCCUUAUCCAAGUAAGGGCGCUGCCUUCCCGCGCCACCUCCCAACCGGGCUCAAUUCUCCCAGGCUGUCGGCGGCGCCGUGUCUGUGUCCUCCCAGGAGCUCAAGAUCAACACAGGCAAGCCCGCUCUCUCGCCGGGCCUAACCCCAGACUGACUAACGUCCACAGUGGGAUCACAUAUCUUCCUCGCUGGGCUUGUCCUGCAGCUGGUCUCCUUCCUCGUGUUCAUCACCGUGUUCGUGGUUUUCCUGUACCGUCUGUACACGCACGACAGGGCGCUGUGGGCCAGCGCGAGCAGCACGAAGCAGCGCGACUGGCGGAUCCUGGUCGGUGCUAUGGCGCUCAGCUUCCUCGGCAUCCUCGUGCGGCACGAUCUCUGCACCUUCCCCCUACGUCACUGAUCCGGCCGCAGAUUCGGUCCCUCUACCGUGUCAUCGAGCUGUCCCAGGGAUACGUCGGCCAUCUCGCCACAGACGAGGCUUUGUUCUACGCGCUGGGUUCGUCACAGCAGACCGUUAUUCGAAUGAUGCCAUCUCACACCCCUCCAGACACGCUGCCUCUCUUUUUGGCGAUCGCAGUCUAUGUCUUCGUAUGGCCAGGCAACUACAUCGGAGACGGGACACCUCCGAUUGCCGAUCAAACCGAGAGCACCAAGGACACGGAACUGGCUGAAACGCACUAG